ACUUCUGCCGAGGGGAAAAGAGCUAGGAAAGAGCUGCAAAGCCCUGUGGGCUUUUUCCUUCUUUUGCUCCUUUUGAUUACUCCCUCCUCCGUUUGCACCCUUCUCCGGACUUCACGCGAAUUUCGAAGAGGUGGUGGCAGAGUGGGAGAAAAAGAGGAGUUAGGGUUUGGGGUGUGGGGGGGCUUUUCUUUUUCUUUUUUUUUUUUUAAAUUUUUUAUUUCUCAAUUUCAACAUUUUCUCCCACCUCUCGGCUGUAGUCAAAGCCUCUUACCUGGUCUGCGGCAGCCUUGCGCCGCUGGCAGCCGAGGGUUAGAAAGAAGCGGGGUGUCUUAGAUUUAGGCAAAAUUUUUUAAGACAAACCCAUUUUUCUCCCCACCCCACCCGCCACCCCCUUUUCUUACAGCCUCCGAGCUCAUUAUUUCGGUGGUUGCUUUGGGGUGAACAGUUUUGUGACGUCUUCCUCUUGCAAUUCUGACCAGAUCCCUUUGGGGGGGUUCUCCGGCCUCUGCUUACUCCGCGUGCACCUGGCGCUCCUCUUUUUUCCCCAACCUGUUGCAAGUCUUGAAUCCUUGCAAUAGGGACUUGCUUUCAGGCCCCUGAAACCUCCUCUCCUUGCAUUUUUCAAGUGUCUGGGGGGAGGGCACCUGUUCUACCUGCCGGAGAUUUAAGAAAAAAAAUCUCCAGGCGCCCUCUCCGCUCGUUUCUUCCCGCACUCUCGCUGUCCUGCCCCGCCCCGAGGUAAAAGGAGACUCGGAGAAGAUGGUGCUCACCACGGUCCUCCUGCUGCUGGCCGCCUAUGCGGGGCCGGCCCAGGGCCUGGGUUCCUUAGUGCACUGCGAGCCCUGCGACGAGAAGGCUCUCUCCAUGUGUCCCCCCAGCCCUCUGGGCUGUGAGCUGGUCAAGGAACCGGGCUGCGGCUGCUGCAUGACUUGCGCUCUGGCGGAGGGGCAGACAUGCGGCGUCUACACAGAGCGCUGCGCCCUGGGGUUGCGCUGCCUCCCACGGCAGGGCGAGGAGAAGCCACUGCACGCCCUGCUGCACGGCCGCGGGGUUUGCCUCAACGAAAAGAACUACCGCGAGCAAGCCAAGAUCGAGAGAGACUCCAGUGAGCAUGAGGAGCCGACUACCUCUGAGGUGACCGAGGAGACCUACUCCCCCAAGAUCUUCCGACCCAAGCACACUCGCAUCUCCGAGCUGAAGGCUGAGGCUGUGAAGAAGGACCGCAGGAAGAAGAUGACCCAAUCCAAGUUUGUGGGGGGAGCCGAGAACACUGCCCACCCUCGGGUCACUUCUACAUCGGAGAUGAGACAGGAAUCUGAGCAGGGCCCCUGCCGCAGACACAUGGAAGCUUCCCUGCAGGAGCUCAAGGCCAGCCCACGCAUGGUGCCCCGUGCCGUGUACCUGCCCAACUGUGACCGCAAAGGAUUCUAUAAGAGAAAGCAGUGCAAGCCUUCCCGUGGCCGCAAACGUGGCAUCUGCUGGUGUGUGGACAAGUAUGGGAUGAAGCUGCCAGGCAUGGAGUACGUCGACGGGGAUUUUCAGUGCCACACCUUCGACAGCAGCAACAUUGAGUGAUGCGUCCCCUUCCCCCGUCCUUUCCCCCCAACUCCCACCCCCAAUUCCAGCCAUCGCCUCCCUCUACCCCAGGACGCCACUCAUUUCAUCUCAUUUAAGGGAAAAUAUAUAUGAUAUAUAUUUGAGGAAACUGAGGACCUCGGAAUCUCUAGCAAGGGUUCAACUUUGAAAAUGACAACAACAGAGGGGCAGACAGAUAAGGAGACACCCCUCCUCCCCUUGAAAGUGUUUUUUUGUUUUUUGUUUUUUUUUUUUUGAGGCAAGUUGAAUGAACAGAGACAAGAAAAGAUGAACAGCAGGAGGGAGAGAAGGGAAGAAAGUGUGUAGAAGAGAGGGAACAAUAGACAGGGUUACAAAAUGGAAGAGAGGAGUGUGGACGAGAAGGAAAGGCCACAGGACCAGGCCUGGGUCUGCCAUUGGAGUCCAGCCCUGGCCUAGGCCAGCGAGAGGUUGGGGUCCUAGGCCUGAGAUGUGGUGUUUGAUGACACCCUUGGGUUUUCUUCGUUUGGAUUGGUCAAGAGGAGAAAGGAAGAGAUAAGAUGUGUCAGUGCCUCUCUCUUGGGUCUGGCUCUUCUUCCCAUCACAGAAUGGACAGCUUGACCCCUACCCUUUCUCCCCUUACCCCAGUAGGCUUAUUUCUCCCUCAGAGUUAUGAAGACUAAAAUGCAUUCCAUUCCUCUGAAAAUAAGGUAAAUUCAUAAUCGAGUGAAAUUAGGUAGGUUUUCCCAAGAAGACCCAUAAAUAUUGAACAUAUAUGCACAUUUCACUCCUUUUGCAUAUUCUUAGACAUUAACACACCCCCAUAUUAGAAGCCCCCAUGUUCUUCCCGGUGACCUGAAGCAUUACUUUAGCCCCUCAUAUCAUUCAACUUCCAAUGAGUGCAGCAGCCAUUGUGGAAGAGGAUAGGCUGAAAAAAACAAACAAACAAGAAAAGGGGACUUGUAUCUUUCUACAAGUCUCCCUACAUAGGCAUAUAAAUCUUUUCUUUCUGUCUGUCUUCUUUCUUCCUUGCUCUCUUUCAAAAGUUUGCAUUACCUCUUCAAAGUAGUUCCUAUGGGGGCACGGAGGAGCUUCCUCAUUCUGGGAAAACCCAUAUUCUCUACUAGAACUCAUAACACAAGCUCUGCCUGCCUCUAGUCCAGGCCUUCCCAUGAGUUGACUCAGCUCUUGUGGGCACAGUGAUGGAUUUUUAAUAAUUUCCCAUGUGCAUUCACAUAUGCCCACCAAGCUGGGUGUUCUGCCAGCACUUGGCGGUAUGUGCACCGCUCUGCCUAGUCUAUCCCAUUUCCUCAAACCCUCAGAAAGUAACCGCUGCUGGGUACUACACCAUUCGAGCCCAACAGGUCCAAGUUUGACCCACUGGUCCUGCCCCAGCCUGUUGGCUUUCAUCUGGACAGCCCUGCAUUUUGCAGAGCAGGAGAGAGUCUGACGUGAGAGAUGGCAAAGAGGGAGAUGGUGGGGAAAAGGUUUCAAAAAAGGAAAUCAGUCGAUGGAGUGGCAGGACGGAGGGCCAGAGGAACAGAAAAGCAACAGAGAGAAGGGAAAGCCAAUAGAACUUUCCUUAGCUUCCCUCUUCUAUAAACCCUCUGGGAUUCAAGAGGAAGGAAAGCGGAAAAUGGGGAACUGGUUGUAAGAUAGAACAGAGCUCAACCCAGGCCACAGAGCCAGGGAAUGUGAAAAUUUUUAGGUGGAUUCUAGACUUGAGGUGCUGGGUGGGAACAAGAAGCAGUAGACUGCCAUUCAUUCAAAGGGAGAAGAUGAUGUGCUCACCUUCAGCCCACUGUGAAGGGCUGAAGCCAAAGGGUCUUUCAAGUUCUUCAUCCAUUCUGGCCAGUCCAUGCUUCCUCCCUGGGGUGGAGGAGGGAGGAAGGCCCAGGAUAACCCAGGAACAGAUGAUUUCAAGAAUGCUGUCACUUGGCAGCCAGAGUCUGAUCCAAAAAAUAUCCCACUCUCUGCUGACUUCCUCAACCCAGGGCUGACCUUAGGAUUGCCCUCUAAGACUGAAGAUAGCCUGCCGGGAAAGGGGACUUGGACACAGGGCAAGGACACCCUUUCUUGCUGUGGACAUACCUCUUUCCACUCUUUCUUGAUGGCAUGAUACAGUGGAGACCAACUCCAACACCAAACUUGGGGCCACGAAGAGGGACAGCAAAACAGCAAAUGUACUUCAAGGAAUGGAAACGCAUUGCUAUGACACCCGGGAGUGUCACCUUCUGCCCCAGACAUCUAUGGCUGUACAGUUGGCUGGGGAUGGGAGAGGUGGUUGAUCUUCAUGAGACAAAGGUCCUGAUGGUGAUGAAGCAGGAAGGACUCACUGGACCUGUGGGCCAGUGCUAUCCAGCUCUGCACAAAUGUUCCCAAGCCCCCAACUCACACUUCUCUGUGUCUUAGGCCAGUAUCCUAAAUCUUCCUUCUGCUACUCUUCUUUUGCAUCUUGAGCAGUCAUCUAACUGGGAGCUGCCAAGUGGAUGCUGGGGUGCCAUUCCCCUAAGAAAAGACUGAGCCAGGAACUGCCUACCCUCCACUCCUCCAGGCCUGGACCUGAUCCCUAAGAAGGGCUCUCUCUUUCCCCCCACUGUUUGCUGGACCUUGACCUGGCCUCAGCACUUACAUGGGGCUCUUUGCUGUCAGCCACAGGUGGAAGAUGGUGGUCUGGUUCAACCUGCUGCCAGACUCUUCAGGCUUCCCAAGUUCAUGUCUACUAACCCAAAGUUGUGCAUCGCUCCGUUUGCAGAAGGUGUAUCUUGGCAGCUGGCCUCUCCCAGAGAAAACUGGACCUUUUUUGACAGAUGGGACUAAACCUCCCAAAUGAGAGGUCUGACUGAGCCCAGGAUAGGGAGACAGUGGGAGGGGAAUUGUGGAAAGAAUAGAAGCCAUCUUCCCCUUGGCAGCAGGGAGAGAAAGUGGGCUUGCAAUGGUGUGAGCAUUGCAGUGGUGUGAAGUCAUGAGUGGGGAACUUAUUGGCUCCAGUUGGGCCUUUGGCCAACUUUCAGCUCUUCUAGAGGCCUCAGACUGAGGGCAUCUACAGCUGUACCUGCCCCUACCCCUACCCCCAUGGGAGGUCUCCCCUCACCCCUUUUGACUUAUGCCUCACUCUGCAGUAGAAAAGAUACCUCUGUCUUCCCCGACUACUGCCAGGUAAUGGAGGGAGGCCCAGCUAGGACUGAUCCUCCUCCCCCAGCACCCCCUGACCUGCCAGUCAAAUCAGGGCACCUGGAAGGGAGAGAUUCACAUGUUUCUCUGACAGCCAGGCCUAGACAAACAGGCCUGGGGACAUCAGCCCCAUAUGAGAGAGGAAGGGAGGCCUGGGAGGCCUCUGUGGUCACCUCUCUUCUCCCCUCGCCCCCUCUUCUUAUCACCUCUGUCUCCAUGGUAACCCUGUGGGCUACCCUCCUCCUACCACCAGGUCUUCUGCAACACAGGGGCUGCCAUGGCAACUGCCAUGCUCCUCCCUGUGGUGAGGCCACACCCCCUCUCCAUCUAUCAACUCAGAACCCAAGAGGGCUCCAGUUCCAAAUGUGGUCUUGAGAGGGGAGUGGGCCGGAGAGAACAGACCCUUUAGUCUCAGAGAGGAACCUCUGAGUUCUGAGAGAAAGGAGGCUGUUUUGAGACAAGGAAAUGAAAAGGAUUUCAUCAACCAGCAACCUGAGUGUUGUACUGUCUUUAUUUUUAAAACCACUAAAGUGCAAGAAUUAGUUUGCACCAUUUCUCCACUUGUUUCUUGUUUUUUUUCUUUAGGUUAUACUUCCUUUUUUAAAACAUACUUUCUUGGUUUUCUAAUGGAGUAUAUAGUUUAGCCAUUUCACAGACUCUGGCCUCUUUUCCUUAAAUCCUUCCGGAUGGGGAAAGGGAAGGUGGGAGGGACAGAGGGGAAGGGGACUCCAGCCACCCCGCUCCCGUUUACCCUACUUCUCUGCUCCCUGGUCACCAGCCUCAGCCCUAUCUCCAGCACCCACCACCGUCUCACAGUAGCCCACAUGGAUAGCACAGUUGUCAGACAAGAUUCCUUCAGAUUCCGAGUUGCCUACUGAUUGUUUUUGGUUUUGUUUUUUUUUAAGACAGCAAUAACCACCUCACAUAUUACUGUAGUUCUUUAUUAGUGUUACAUACGGGCACACCAUAGCUCUCUGUUCUCUCCUCUUUUUUUUGUUUUCAACUAAAAAAAAUAAAUGCUCAUCUUUACUGGUGAAAAGGAUGGAAAAAUAAACCAACAAACAAAGCAAUUUGUGAAAAAAAAAAAAGCGGGAAAAAAUCACCUGAAUGCGGAAGAGCUCUGCUCCUGUUUAGUAUUUUGUACUUAAGAAAAUAAAAAUAAAAAAAAAA